CUUAAACACAUUUUGGAUUUUAUAACACCUCCACUUGCUUCAAGGAUUAAAGAUUUAAGUAUGCAUUUACCAGCCGGUCCAACAAUGGUAGCUGCACCCACACAAAUCUUGCCAAGCACACCCAAUACCAACAACUCAACACACAAUAGCACACAUUCCGCCAGUUCGACAGGUUCGUCUACUCCGGAUAACAGUAACCCCGCCGUCAAAAUGCCUACGUCCAUGACUGACAUGUUCGCCAGCCUGCAUGAAAUGCUACAGGAAUAUCACGGCGAACUUGCACAGACCGGUUCACCUUCCGUACUCUGCAGCGCAUUGCCCAAUCACUGGCGUUCCAACAAAUCUCUGCCUGGUGCAUUCAAAGUGAUCGCCUUAGACGAUGUUCCCGAUGGCACUCUAGUCUCCAUCAAGUGUGGCAAUGACGAGAACUACUGUGGGGAACUGCGCAAUUGCACUGCCAUCAUGAAGAAUCAAGUAGCGAAAUUCAAUGAUCUACGCUUUGUCGGCCGGUCCGGACGUGGCAAGUCAUUCACGCUCACCAUCACAAUUGCAACAUAUCCUGUGCAGAUCGCCUCCUAUACAAAAGCUAUUAAAGUCACUGUGGAUGGACCACGGGAGCCAAGAAGUAAGCAAAGUUAUGGCUAUCCACAUCCGGGUGCUUUCAAUCCCUUCAUGCUAAAUCCUGCUUGGUUGGAUGCAGCCUAUAUGACCUACGGUUAUGCCGACUACUUCCGCCAUCAAGCAGCUGCUGCUGUGCAUCAUCCAGCACUGGCGAAAGGUUCACCCACAUUACCCGGUACAACUAUAAUACCACCACCGGCUGGUGCACCAGUUGACUUCCAUCACACACAAAUAACACCACCUCCAAAUGGUGCACCACCCAUGCCUUCAAAUCAGGCCUUAGCGGCUGCCAGUAUGAUGCCAUCACCACCAGGCUCCGCAUAUGGCAUGCCACAGUUUCCUUUCAAUCCCGUAGCUGCAGCAGCGGCGGCGGCAGCAGCUUCUGCACAUCCUGAACUAUUACAUGCACAACACAAAACACAUCCACAUGCUUUUCAUCCUUACAAUAUCGCUGGUCUGCGUAUGAGAAAUACACAACUACCGCCACAUGGACCAGUGGAGCAUAUAAGUCCUGCACAUAUAAGUCCUGCUUCAUCACGCCCAUCAUCGUCUUCACCCCCAACGCAACAUCCGAUCAGUAAACUAAAUUCAUCAGUCGAAACCAGUUCACUGCAUGAACAAUCUGUGGAUUGUUCCGAUGAGGAUUCGGAUGAUGAGCAAAUCGAUGUAGUCAAGUCAGCUUUUGUGCCGAUUUUGAGGCCCCAAUUACCAGCAUUCAGCUCCACUGAAGAUCUUGACAAAUCCAUCGACUCAACACGCUCCUCACCCACGCAUCAACUGCCACCACCAACGCAACAACGUUCGCGUUGCGAUUUAAAGGCAUCCUCCGUAAUGAAACCACUAUUCCAUGAGUCCGUGCAACAAAGACAAACAUCUCCGGAAAUAACAGUGCCGUCCACCACAAAAAUCAAGACAGCCAACAGUGUACAGAAGACAGUUUGGCGUCCCUACUGAGUGGUCACAUCGGCACAGCAAGUAGGACUACUUCUACACUUGGCCAAUGUACUUGGCAGUGGAACUGAAGCUCAGAAUAGUGCCUAAGGCGCGUUACUGCUGCGCUCAAUGCAAACGGAAGAUGCUAGCGAGAAGCAGUGAAAUGCCGUCGGCAAAUGCAAUACGCAAGCGGUAACUGAUAUGAAACGGAUUUGUAUUUGAGGAGUAGUGCCCGCUCUCUCUUCCACUCUUGUGAUAGUACUUGAGAAGCAGAACUUAAAUUUAUUUGUGAUAUAGUGUUAAGUUAAAA